AUGCGGCUGCCGCAAAGCUCGGAGACAGUGCUGGGCAAGCGCGAGGAGAUCUUGGUCGGCAUCGAGGACCACAGUCCGUCUGAAGGCUCAGCAGCUUCAAAGACAGAUAAAGAUCCCGACAAAGCUGCCCAGCUGGUGCGGCUUUACAUAGCAAUCGUCAAUCGGAUGACGGCGACACGUCCAGAAAUACUACGUGGUGUGCGCGUUUGGCGACUGUUGCGCUACUUGCCGUGGGCUUGGCUGCGAGGCCGGCUUGACGAUCUGCAUUCAUUGAGCCAGCAAACCGCAAUCCUCGAUCAGUUCUGGUCCCACAGCUGGCAGGGGGCACGGUGGGCCAAGUUUGCCAACAUACUUUACCUCCACAGUUGCUUGCCAGCGAGCAUUGCAGGAACGUUGAGCGCAGGCGUAGCCUUCGGCCUCGUCUCGACAGGAUUUCUGGGUGCACGACGGACAUGGUGCAUGCUGUUCGGGUUUGUAGCCUUUUGCAUAACGCUGCUGCUUUGGCCGCCAGGCAAGCUGGUGUUUCUAGACAUUGCCUGCAUCCAUCAGACUGAUGAAGAUCGAAAGGGAGAAGCCAUGAUGAGUAUGGGCGCAUUCCUGAAGCAGUCGAAGUCCAUGCUGGUCUUGUGGGAUCCUACGUGGGUGACAAGACUGUGGUGCGUCUUCGAAAUAGCUGCCUUUCUACACAGCCAUCGCCCCGGUGGCGAGGAAGGUCUCCAGCUUGUUCCUCCUUUGUUGGGGCCGGUGCUUCUGGGAGGUGAGAUGCUGUUCUGGGCAGGGGCCAUGAUAUAUACCUACAUAGAGCCCGUCUUGGCCUCUUCGGAAGGUUCACUGCUUGAGGCAGAACACCAUCUGAUGCUCGCUGGUAUCAUUGUCCUUCUAUGCCUGAGCUUGGUGACGCACGCUGGUCGAGGAUAUGCCCGCAGCGUUGAUACCCUGCAAGAGCAACUCCGUGGCUUCAAGGUUGAGCAGACGCGCAGCGCUUGCUGCGAGAACGACCACGAAGACCUGCGCAUAUGCGACCGUGCCAUCAUUCUUGAGAGCAUAACUGCAUGGUACAACUCACUGGAGAGCUUUGAUUUGCAAGUGCAGACUGAAGUGCGUAUGGCCAUCAUCGAUCAGCUUGCAAACAGAGCCAUGUCUUAUCAGCGCAUCUUGGUGCUUUCAAGUCCGUAUCUCUGGCGUCGUCUUGAGUUAGCAGCUGCUCAUGCAGGCGACCCCACCCGACAAGUAGUCGAUCUGGCACAAACGUUCACUUAUUUCCUCGCAGUUUACCCUUUGAUCUUUAAACUGGGCUUUCGCUUGUGCUUCCGCUUGCGAGCGCGAUGUUGCAAGCCAUGCUUGGACCUCUUUGUGUCAGUUGCCAUCGUGACCGCAGCGUUCUCGUUCUAUGUCGCUUGCUACGCGAUCCAAGUCUACGUGUUCCGUCGAAACGACCGGGAGCUUGUCUUCAGUUUGAUCUCAAUGCUUUCAUGGUGGGCUGUCGCAGCUAUCUUUUGGCGAAUCACGUAA